AUGUCGAACUUCAAGCGCGCACCAGUUCAAGCUGGGGGUCAAGCAAGGACCAGCAGCAUUCUGAGCUCUUUGAAGGCUACCAAGAUGACGGAGAGCAAGGCGGUCCUACCCGCAGAAAUUAUAUCGGCAAUCCUCGAUUACCUGCCGAUCCCCGACCUCAUGAGCUUUGCUCGCACCUCGAAGAGAAUGCUGGAAAUGGUGUACGAAGACUCGAGGUGGGUACAGAGGCUAUCGGCCAUGGGCGUAUGGAAUGAGGGGGAGGCGAGGAAGAGAUUUGAAGAGGCAUUGAAGAAAAGGAGGGAAAUCAUGCGUUUGCGUGCCGAGGAGGACUCCAAACGGACGGGGAUCGGUGUCAGUGGGAAUUCGGGGGUGAGGAAGACCAGCACCAUGUUGUUUGAUGCGGGGGUAGAGGAAGAACGACAAAGAUCUACGGAAGUUCCUUCGAAGCCUGUGGGCGCCUCGAUGGACGGCUUCGAAACGUUGACCUUGUCCUCGAAUACGCAGCCCACUCAGACCUCGAUGGGUCGAGCCGCGAUGCUGGACCCCGAGGCGCUGCUGCUGAUCUUUUCCGGGGUGAAAUCGAUCAGAGGGUCUGCGAGGCAGGAAUAUGCAAAGAUUUAUGCGGCUCUGGCACCAUUUUAUCAUGAUUUGGCGAGGUCAAAAAGCCAUACCGAUCCUGUCAUUUUUAGGGUAUAUCGAGAACCAGAACAACAGGCGCAGAUGUUGGCACACCUACAGAUAUUUGCUCGCAGUGACUGGGCCCAAGGGUGGAGAUUCAGGGAGGAGAAGCUAAAUACUAUGGCAGGAAUAUUUGAGAACGCUGUUCUACGAGAAUUCGAGCAAGGGUACGAGGCAAUGGAUAUUGAUGGGAAAAUGCGUCGCUAUGCCCACGUUUUGUCUGUUCUGAACGGGGGCCAAGCAGGUAUUGAGCUUUUUGUUCAGAAGCACCCAAUUUUCACUGAUCGAGAAUAUCUUGGCAACCCGCUGGAAUGCCUCAAUCAAGCUUCAUCUGACGGGUUGACUUUGGAACCAUCACGUCAAUUUCUGGAGAAGCUCUCCAGGAAGAUCAAUGAGCAGGCCGAUGUCAUCGAUCGGGUGUUUCCUGCAGGAGAGGAUGUUUAUCAACUAUUCCUGGACAAGGUUACAGAUGAGAUUCUUAUCGAAUAUAUCAUGCCCCUCUUCGACGAAUGUCACCGUCGGAGUAUAGCUUCGUAUUUGAAGGCAGUAUCCGGUCUCUUUGACCAGGCUCUCAGGCUCGGAGCGAGUCUGAAACCAACAAAGAACUCUGGUAAGAGCUUCGUGACAAAAGUUCAGGAGAUCAUAUCAAGGGUCUUCGAGCCUCAUGUGGACUUGUACCUACAAGAGGAGCUAGAUCAUUUCAAAAAGCAGGCAGAUCUCGAAGUCAGCACCUGGGAAAGUAAACUCUCAGCCCAGGAUGCCACCACGGAGUCUUUCUUCAUGGCAAAUUUCAACAGGCAGGCCGACAAGAAGGAUUUCUUGAGCUCCUUCAAAAAGGUUGUCAUGAUGCCUGUCAAUGUCCUACCCAGCUUACCAAAAUCCUCGCCGUUCGGGGCCACGAAGACCUUGUCUGCUAGCCCAGCCAAUCGGGCCAGUCUUCAAUUCUCUCAACCUCCAUCCAGAUCUCAGACUCCGAGUCUCGGGAUAGCCGGCAAUCGAGCAUCGACUCCUGUGAUCAUGCCUACAGAGGCGCCGACGGAUGAGUUGGCCGCCAAAGCGGCCCUCAUGGCAUCGAGGCUGGAAGGAAUUCGAUCCUUAUUCAGUAUCGAGGUCGCACUUGAUCUGACCCACUCUGCAAAAGCAAGCAUUGAACGGGCGGCUCCCUUUGUCCUUCUUGGCGGUCAGACCGGGGAGGAAGCACGAGAACAAUGUGAAGCAAUUUUUGUCGCCCUGCUUGCAACCCUUGGGGAUCGCCACGUGAAGAUAGGGUUCGACAAGGCUGUCGGGCAUCUGUCGAAAUAUAAUCCUCGUGAGGUCAGCGAGCACCAGCAGAGCGUUGCGCCCCUGGUGACGUUCCUGGAACUUGUCAAUGUAGGCGAUUUGAUCUCGCAAAUGAUCGACGUCUUCUACGAGCAACAACUGGCCACCACGAAGCUAUCCGACCGCAAUGACUUUCUCGACCCGGCCGUCAAAGCCAAGAAGAAGUUCGAGCAGAUGCUCGACGAGCGUGUAGCCGCCGGACUCAACAAUGGGAUCGACGUCCUCAUGGAUGAAGUCGAAUACCUCUGCGCAACCCUCCAGCAGCCCACUGACUACAAUCCCGUUCCGGCGUCAGACGCCAAUUCCCAAACGUUCGAAGUCGGCGCCACGCAAGCGGCCGAGAAAGUGGUACAGCUUGUCGAGUCCCACACGAAGAUGCUGACGGGCAGCACCGACAAGAGUAUGCUCGAUGUUUUCAACCAGGAAGUUGGGCUCCGCCUCUUCGCUGCCAUCUGCAAGCACCUCAAGCGCCAGCGCAUCAGCGUCGACGGCUCCAUGCGCCUCAUCUCCGACAUGAACCUCUACUUCGUGUACAUCCGGACAUUGAGGAAUGCGGAUCUGCUAGAGUACUUCAAAGCCUUGAGGGAGCUGAGUCAGAUCUAUCUGAUUGAUCCCAAGCAUGCAAAGGACCUGGCGGAGGUUAUCGCUGAUGGGGACCGCUUCCGGGGCAUCUUCAGGGCUGAGGAGGUUUAUGAGUUUGCGGAGCGGAGGGCAGAUUGGUAUACGGUCAAGAGGAACGUUGAGAGGGCCAUGUAUGGGAUUGGGUGUGGGCUGAUGUGA